AUGGUAACAGACAGACAUCUUGAGCUUCCAAACACUUGCUACAAAGUUGUGAGAGGAAAAUUGUUAAUAUUGAAAAAAGAAUUUCUAGCUAAGGCUGGGAUACUUUCUGCCGUUACUUUAACUUCGGACCAGGCUGAAGCGCUUAGCAGUGCUGGUGACUUCCUACCAAAAGAUGAGGCUGUUCCCUGCUAUAUUGAAGAGUUUGAGAAGGAUGCUCAGGAUGACAUAAUCGUACUUGGCAGCCUUUCACAGAAACAGGACUUCAAGUGUCAAGAAGAAGAUUUUCACAAUGGAAGAAAAAAACAAUAUGGAAGAUCGAAUAACACCUCCAAAAAAACAGAAAGCCAGUUGUUGAAUGCAGCAAAUGCCCACAAAGAAGAAAUUCUAGCCAAGCUUGGCAACAUCUCUGAAGUAAAUAAUGGAUUAAAUAGAGCAGCAGGCCUUUGCUGGAAGCCAGGAUGGUCAGAUAGACCACAACCUAUUCAGAUUCUGGUAAAAUGUUUACGUGGAGUGAAAGACAAGAUCCCCAAGGGCCACUAUGUUCUUAAAAUUUCACUGCUCAGUCGUCCAGGAGGACAUGCUCUCCAUUGGUCCAAAGUCAAGGAUCACCUGUGGGCUGAAACAACUUUGCCAGUGUACCACAAGGGUCGUUUCUACGAUGUGGAGAUAAAUGUAAAUCACGUUGUACACACACUACUGCCCACUGAAAAGAAAAUAAAGUCUGGAAUGACUCUGCUCCUUGAACUAUACUUACUGCAUGGAAAAGACACUUACAUUGAUCGAGCAGUGGGAUGGGGUAUUUUCCCACUUUGUGACAACAACUUAAAUGUUUUAGAAGGCAAGUUUAAAUGUCCAUUCUUGAGAGGACAUUAUGACACAAGGAUUGAUCGCUUCAAUAAAAUUGAAGAUCUUAUCAUGACAGAUUUGGACCACUGGCUGUGUAACUUAUAUUUUCAGAUCUUAAAACUGCCACUAUAUAUAAAUGAGCAAAAUGAAUAUGACAUCUUUGUUCAGCUACCAGCAGAAUUUCUUACAUAUUCUAGUCAUAAUGAGAAGAAGAUUGGCAGUGAAGAAGACAUACAAAAGCCAUUCAGAGAAAAUGAUUGUAAACAAUCAAUUCUCAACCAGGAAACCCAAUCAAGUCUUUUUUUCACCUACUCGCAAGGACAACCCUUGGCCUCUCAAAGAGAACCUAAUGUUCACAAGGAAUUCAUUCCCAGCACUACGAAGGAUAUGGAAACACAACUUAAUGUAAUGAAAGGAAAGGAGAGGAAUAUUUUAAAAGAAACUCAAGCAAAACUACACCAGACAAGUUUGACACAAAUUGUUCAGGUGGAAGAGACAUCCAAAGGAAGUACGAUGAGACAUAUGAGAAGAAAAAAAUGCAAGAAAGGAGUUCCUCGGAAUAAAAUUGUACCAUACAUGGAUAAGCAAUGCAAUGUUUUUACAUUGAAAGAAGAUUUCUCUUUAGACAAAAAGCAAGACAAUGCCUGUCACACUGAGGUUUUACCUCAGGAUUUAUCACAGAAUGGUCUAUGCCCAGGCUGCCUAGUGCCUCCUAGCACCUCAGCCCCACCAGUUACUGUACAAGAACCUCCAUGGGCUUCAUUUACAAAGUUACUGGCUAAAAUAGCUGACCAUAUAGCUACCUCACCUGUGGUCCCCUCUAUGGGUAUAUCCCAGCCACUACAGCCCACCAUGGCUCCCACAGAGACUGGUCCACAACCAGUGCAGCCCACAAUGGCUCCCCCUGGAGCAGUUCCACAGCAACUGCAACCGCCAAUGGCUCCCUCUAUGGGUUUUCACCAGCCAUUUCAACCUGUUUAUCAGGCCAUAGCAGCCCCACCCAUCCACCCCCAGUGGUUGUAUUCAUUCUCUACAUCUGUGCAGAGUCUAACGGCUUCAUCUGUUGCUUUACAUGGGCAAAUCACCCUGCCUGCACCUACUGUAUGCACAAUACCUUCCUCACAAUCCACACCACACUCAGAGGAAUCAUCAGUACUUGCUGACAUGGUUGCGGUUUCUGAUGCAGAAUCGCACUCAGGGGGAUGA